ACGAGGCCAACAUGAGCAAGCUGGCGUACCUGGAGGCGCUGUUCACGCGCGCCAAGCUGGAGGAGGCGCGCCUGGAGGGCAGCAGGGAGGAGCUGCGGAGCCGCCAGUCCCGCCCCGCGGCGCCUCGCAGCCUGCACAGCCCCGAGACGGGCUACAAGACCCUGCCCGCGUCUUGCUCAGAGCACGCCCUGCGCAGCCUGGCGGGUGGCCUCAGCACGCCCGCGUUGCCCGACGGCCACACGCUGCUGCGCACCAUCGAGACGCGCCUGCAGCUGGCGCGGCCCCGCGAGGGCGGCGGGGCGGGGCGGGGCACGCUGUACCAAUGUGGCAGCAGCAGCAGCGCCGGCAGCCUCACUCACCUGGCGGGUGGCGGCAGCCCCGCCACCAGCGGCGCCUCCACGCCCUCUAGGUUCCUGUCGCCCUCCCGCAAGGAGGCGCCCGUCACGCUGGCGCCCGCCACUAGUGCGGGGGUUGGCGCCCCGAAGAGGCCAGACGGGCUGCCGGCGCGCCCCGCGGGGCACGGCAGCAGCCAGCACUCGCUGCCCCACAACUACCGCAGCCGCUCCGCCUACAGCUCCCCUGCGGUGUCCCCGCAGCGCGGCCCAGACCCCGGCGGCUUCCUCACCUCGCCCUCGGGCACCGCGCAGCGCCGCUUCUCCAGCCUGGAGCUGCGGGGCACGCGGGGGCCCAGCGCGCCCCGCCAGCUGCCGCUGCGACACACAGCGCACGGGUUCCCCAGCGCGGGCGUAGCGCUGAGCCCUCCGUCGCCCGCACAGGGCGCCCAGGCCUUCCACCGCAAGAUGCAGCUCUUCUUUGACAUCAUGGAGACCCAGGCCCGCUUCUCCCAGCUCGCUCACGCCUCCCCCCUGGGCCGGCCCCUCCUCAAGGACCUUCAGAGUGAGAUUGAGAGCCACAAGGAUGUACUGGCCAGUCUCAACGCCACGGGGCAGAAGCUGUUGGGCACGCUUGAAAACCAGGAGGAGGCGGUGAUGCUGCAGAGGCGCCUGGAGGAGAUGAACCACCGUUGGAACACGCUGAAACACCGCAGCAUCGCCAUCAGGAACCGCCUGGAGGGGAACAACGAGAACUGGAGUACUCUUCUCCUGUCCCUGCGUGAACUAAUUGAAUGGGUCAUAAGGAAAGACACGGAACUGACCGCCCUUGGCCCUGUUGUGGGGGACCUGGGGGCACUCUCCAAGUACUGCGAGGACCUGGGCGCCUUCAGGAGGAUGAUAGAGGAGAAACAGCCGGUCAUUGAGUCGAAUUUGAAGAGUGGCAGACAGCUUAUUGCGUCUGAACCUCCCCUUAGUGACACCAGUGACAGUGAAGCUGGUAGGGAGCUGGACGCGGACUCCAGGUACCGAGGGGACGAGACAGCGAGGGACCUGACGAGGGCUGUGAGGCGCGAAGUGGCUAAAUUAUCAGAAAAAUGGGCGGCGUUAAGGGAGAGAGUAGCAGCCAUCACCAGCCAUACUGAUUUGGCGCUUAAGAAGCUGGGCGUGCUGCAGAAGACGGUGGAGGAGGUGAGCGGUCGGGUGGAGGAAGCGGAGAGGGUGGUGGAUGGCUGGGGUGCCGUGCCUUCUGACCCCAACCUUGCUGACCAACACUCCCACAACGUGAAGAAGUUCCGUGAGGGUCUGGUGGAGCUACAGAGGGGCGUGGAUGAUGUGAAUGAUCAGGCCGCACGCUUCUCCGCUCACAGUGUUCCUCUUACGCCAGCGAAUUCUGCCAGACUUCACGAUCUGAAUGCUAGAUGGAAGAAUUUAGAGACAGCAGUAAAUGACAGGUGGCGACAGGUGGCGGGGCGGUCCAGGGAGGUCACGCCCCUCACCCCUGCGCAGCUUGCCUCCUCCGUGACCCCCUGGGAGAGAGCCACUACUAGCAAUAACGUGCCUUACUACAUCAACCACGACCAGGAAAACACACACUGGGACCACCCGAUGAUGAUGGAUGUGCUAGAAUCUUUAACCGAAUUCAACCAUAUCAAAUUCUCUGCCUACCGGACGGCCACCAAGCUCAGAGUUCUGCAGAAGAAGCUGGCUUUGGAUAAAGCCAGAAUGCAGACAGCCACUGAUAUAUUUGAUGAGCAUGGGCUGAGGGGACAAAACGACCGGCUUAUUGACGUAGGGGACAUAGUGGUGGUGCUGUCGGCUCUCUAUGGCACCAUCUCAGCUGACCAUCCGGACCUGGACACCACCCUGGCCAUGGAUCUCUGCCUAAACUGGUUGUUGAAUGUGUACGACAGCCAGCGGACAGGACAGAUGAGGGUGCUGUCCUUCAAGAUUGGCCUGGUGUGUCUCUGCACCGGCCAUCUCGAGGAGAAGUAUAGAUACAUGUUCCGCCUGAUCGCCGACCCGAACCGCCUGGUGGAUCAGAGGAAACUGGGGCUGCUCCUUCAUGAUUGUGUGCAGGUUCCACGGCAGCUGGGUGAGGUGGCUGCGUUUGGUGGCUCCAACAUUGAACCAUCUGUGCGCAGCUGCUUCACUAAGGCUGGAAAAGACCGAGAGACUAUUGAGGCCAUUAAUUUCCUGGCAUGGGUGCAGCAGGAACCUCAAUCCCUUGUAUGGCUCGCCGUGCUGCAUCGUGUGGCUGCUUCUGAGAAUAUACAGCACCAGGUGAAGUGCAACAUCUGCAAGGCGUAUCCAAUCUUGGGCUUGAGGUAUCGAUGUUUGAAGUGUCUUAGCUUCGAUAUGUGUCAAGACUGCUUCUUCGAGGGACGCAGCAGCAAGAGUCACAAAAUUACUCACCCCAUGCAUGAAUAUUGUACUGCGACCACCGCAGGGGAGGACGUUAAGGACUUCACCAAAGCUCUGAAGAAUAAGUUUAAAUCGAAACGUUCGCUCCAAAAACACACAAAGAAAGGUUACCUGCCUGUACAGACGGUGCUUGAGGGCGACCCACUUGAGUCACCCUCCCCAUCACCCCAGCAUAAUGUGACCAGCCAGGACAUGCACUCCAGACUCGAGAUGUACGCGUCCAGACUGGCGGAGGUGGAGUUGAGGACCACUAACUCUAACUCCACGCCUGACAGUGAGGACGAGCACGGACUGAUCGCGCAGUAUUGCCAGUCACUCAGUUCCUCAGAUGCUCCCCUGCCUGUACCUCGCUCCCCACUGCAGAUAAUGGCUGCCGUGGAUGCUGACCAGAAGGAUGAGCUGGAGCAGAUGAUCCGGGCCCUGGAGGACGAGAACAGCGUGCUUCAGGCUGAGUACGACCGCCUCAAGUCGCAGCAGCCAGUGGGAUCACCCCCGGAGGACAGCCUGGGGCCACAGCGCUCGGAGGCAGAGAUGCUGGCGGAGGCUAAGCUGUUGAGGCAGCACAAGGGGAGGCUAGAGGCUCGUAUGGGGAUUCUAGAGGAACAUAACAGACAAUUGGAGGCUCAGCUUCACCGACUGCGGCAGCUGCUUGGGGAGACUGGCCUCAGCUCCCCCAAGUCAGGCACUCUUCAGACAAAAUCGGUCACCGCUAGUCAGUUAGCCAUGGACUCCCCUGCCAAGAUCAACGGACAUUCUGGACAAGGAGAUCUGGGGAAAGCGGUUGGAACAUUAGUGGCCACAAUGAACCAAGGGCGGGAGAGCGGCUCGCAUGAAGAGGAGGAGGAGGAAGAGGAAGAGGAGGAGGAAGAGGAGGAGGUGUUACCCAAGCCCCCAGCAAGACAGGAGGAGAGGAAGAUAAUGUAGAGCUGAUGAUGAUGAUGAUGAUGGUGGUGAUGGUGGUGGUCUAAAGAUAUGUAUUGUAUAUAUAUAUUAUUAUUAUUAUUAUUAUUAUUAUUAUUAUUAUUAUUAUUAUUAUUAUUAUUAGUGGAUAUUGUGUGCUUUAUUUCAUCUCUCUCUCUCUCUCUCUCUCUCUCUCUCUCUCUCUCUCUCUCUCUCUCUCUCUCUCUCUCUCUCUGUGUGUAAAAAGGAGGAAGAACAGAAAAUGUGAAAUAAUUCUGUUUUCUCUCUCUCUCUCUCUCUCUCUCUCUCUCUCUCUCUCUCUCUCUCUCUCUCUCUCUCUCUCUCUCUCUCUCACACACACACACACACACACACACACACACACACACACACACACACACACACACACACACACACACACACACACACACACACACACACUGAACAAUAAAAAACAUUAGAUAGGUAACAGUAAGAAAUUAUACCACCACCACUACUACUACUACUACUACUACUACUACUACUACUACUACUACUACUACUACUACCACCACCACCACCCUCACCUGCCCUAAUUAACACCUAUUCUCACCUGUUCCCUAUAAACAACACAAAUAUUUAUAAACGAUUUGAUAAACAUACUAUAAAUAUUUUCAUUGGAGGAGUCUCCCAUCCUCGGCCAAUCAGAGCGCUCGCUGGGGGCACUGUCGGCCAAUCAGAGGAGCCGGAGUCAUGUGGGUCACCUGGAAGAAAACGGAGGGUUAUUAUUAAAAAGAUGAAAUACAAAAUGGGAUUAAUUUGGAAAAAAAACGUUAAUUAGGUUGAUUUUGUUGUUGAGAAUGAAGGAAUUGGGGAAAUAUUGAUAAAUGGAGGAGAUAGAGGAUAAAUGAUGAUGAUAAUGAUAAGGAAGGUUAAUUAUAUGAGGAAUAAUAAGAGAAAAGGAAGAAGAAGAAGAAUGAGGAUAAAGAAGAAGAAAUGAUAAUAAUAAUAAUAAUAAUAAUAAAUAAUAAUAAUAAUAAUGACAAAAAAUAAAUAUAUGAGCAAAUAAAUAAAUAAAUAAAAGAAGAAAUAGAAGAAAAACAAACAGGAAACAAAUAAAUAAUAAUAAUAAUAAUAAUAAUAACAAAUGAUAAACAGAACAACAACAACAACAACAACAACAACAAGCAUUUGAAAGGAAGGUCAGACUUUCCCAGCCUUCUCAAACCCUUGCCCAAUAUCCGGGUAAGCCAGGCUGGGGUCAAGUCAGGUCAAGUCAGGUCAGAUUAGGUUAGUGAAAGAAACAUUUUGGGUAAGCCUGGCUGGGGUCAGGUCAGGUCAGGUCAGAUUAGGUUAGUGAAAGAAAUAUUUUGGGUAAGCCAGGCUAGGGUCAGGUCAGGUCAGAUUAGGUUAGUGAAAGAAAUAUCUGGGGUAAACCAGUUCGGGUCAGGUCAGGUCUUUUGGGAGGUGAUGUAAGAUUAGCAAAAUUAAAUAAAUAAGUUUGUGAAAGAAACACUCCAAUAAGCCAGGCUGGGGUCAAGUUAGGUCAGGUCAAGUUUGUGGUUAGCAAAUAAAAAUUAGGUCAAGUUUGUGUUAGAAGUUAUAGAUAAAUUAGCAGGUUAGGUUAAGUUAGGUGUGUGUUAGAGAAUAAGAAGACAAGUUAGCAGGUUUGGUGAGGUUUGUGUUAAGUUCAAUACAAGUUAGCAGGUUUGGGUAGGUUUGUGCCAAGUUAAAUAGCAGGUUUGGUUAGGUUUGUGUUGCAGGUUUGGGUAGGUUUGUGCUAAGUUAAAUAGAAGUUAGCAGGUUUGGUUAGGUUUGUGCUAAGUUAAAUAGAAGUUAGCAGUUUAGGUUAGGUUUGUGCUAAGUUUAAUACAAGUUAGCAGGUUUGGUUAGGUUUGUGCUAAGUUAAAUAGAAGUUAGCAGUUUAGGUUAGGUUUGUGCUAAGUUUAAUACAAGUUAGCAGGUUUGGUUAGGUUUGUGCUAAGUUUAAUACAAGUUAGCAAGUUAGAUAAAGUUUCUGCUAAGUUUAAUACAAGUUAGCAGAUUAUGUAAAGGUAAGAGACUCAACUUGCUACUAAGAGUUCACCAAAGGAAGGAAUUUAAUUGGAAAAAAAAUGAGGAACUGAUAUAGAAAACGGGAAAAACAUGAGGAAUUGACGAAUUUAACUGGAAAAAAAGGAAAUGCAGGGAAAAUAUUAAGAAACGACAAAUUUAACUGGAAAAAAGAUAAAGAAAACAGGAAAAAAUGAAUAAAAAAGAAAAAUUACAGAAAAAUAAAUAAAUAAAUGAAAAUAAACAAAACAAACCCCAUUUUCUAUACACACACAAACAACAGCGGGUGCUAAUUUAAACCAUAUCAAACCUUCUCCCCCCUCACUCCCCCUCCCCCAGACCAGACCCCCCGAAGCCCCCCGCCCUUCUAAACAUAUCACAAAUUUUCUUUAUAUCUAAAAAUUCCAAGGUCAUGCUGUGGCCUGACCUGGGGGAGGCUGGGAGGUCAGGUCAAGUUAGGUCAGGUGAGGUGGGUAAGUUAGAGUUUUUUUAAUUGAAAGGAGAGAAAAAUUACACACACACACACACACACACACACACACACACACACACACACACACACACACACACACACACACACACACACACUAACUAAUAAA